UUUUAUAUUUACACACUCAGAACGAUCGAUUCAAAAGACGAUAUUUAAGGGAAGGAAGAUAAAUAAGUAAGGUAUUAUUCGCAUAUUUGAAAUAAAUAACUUGAGAGUUAUAACCAGCUCUCUUAUAUACAGUAAUUUUAAAUCACGGAUAUUGGACUAAGAGGUUGUUCUAAAUUUUAAAACAGAUAAUGUCUGAGGAACACUCGUGGAGAGAUGGAGGGUACUUAGCGUGGUUAAAAGCAGCAAAAGGUCUUGAAUAUCUUCAAGAAGGCCUAGAAGAUUUUGUUGAGGACGGAAUAAAUGGUCACCACGACAUCCUUCUCCAAACGAUCGGUAUAACUGAAUCAUUCACUUGCAAAUCUUGCACGAUUGACAAUAUUCUUCCCGAACACCCAGGUGGAAUAUGUUCACAAGAGCACAAAAGUAAAUGUCUUUGUACAAAAAGAAAAGCAAAUCGUCGCCUUUGCCCUUCGCGAUUUGCAGUAAAAUGUAUGAUUGCAUUGUGUGUGAUCAUUUCUUCACAGACCCACUUUGGAGUAAUACCGACCCAAGGAAAUGGUGUUCCGAUCCAUGGAGUAUUGCCAAAGCAUAUCAAUCCACAAUCGGGCAAAACACUUCAGCAAAAGACACAGAUGCAUCUGGUUUGCUAAGUAUCAUUAUUAACGACACCACAUUCACCGAUAAGCUUCGACACCCAGUUAAACGGGGUAUAGAUCCAGAAAACAACAUUUACUGUAAGGCAAGAACGGCCCGAAAUGACAUUCUUCAUUCUCCUAAAAUGAAAUUAGAUGAAGCGAAAAUGUUGGAGUACAUUGACUUGUUCAGUGACGUUUUGAAAGAUAUAAAGGGUUUAUUGGAGCAAGAUAAAGCUAUGAGGGCUUAUAAAGCACUUGAACAGUUAAAAUCAGCUGAUAUUCACAUCAGUAGUGAGGAUGAAAACAAGAUACGAAAACUACGUGAAAAUGCCAUAAAUGACAUAGAACUUGAAAAACAAAACGCAUUAACUGCAAUAAAAGAAGCAGCCGAUCAAGAAAAUGAAAGAAUAAAGUCGAAUGCAUCAACUGUAGUAAACAAACUAGAUGAAUUGUCCGAUUACGAAAACACAAAGUCAGACUUUGUGAAGGACCUAAUAUCUUUCAACAAAAGGCACCACAGCACUAUACCAGUAUCACCACUUUUUGAUUUUAGGGCAGCGGACUUGGUAGAAUUCUAUGUUAUACCCGAACUUAAAUAUGUGGACGUCUAUGGAGAAUUGUCUUGA